GGCAGAGGAAGAGACGGAAAAGUCAAAGAACGGUGGGAUUAAGAGGAAAUAACACAUCAGGCACCCUGGGAGGGAGACGCAUGAGCAGGGAUGGAGGGAGAGAGGGAGGAACAGGGAGAGAGCACCCAAAGUGGGACGACUUCUACCCAGGCUGACACACCGACUCAGGGCUGCAGCGAGGAGGAGAUAGACGAGCCCAAAAACCUCCCGGAACCAGAGGAGGACGACCAGGCCGAGAGUGGAGCCUGUGAUGGAGACGUAGAGGCCAGUCAGGUCGGGGAAGAUCUAUGUCAUAUCAGUGACGGAGAGGACUCACCCCAGGAGACUCCGAUAGCCACAAACACACAGGAUGACACUGACUGCCUCCCAUUGUCCUCCCUGCCAACAGAGGAAGAGCUGACCCCCCCUUCAGUAUCAUCUCAUCCCUCCAACACACAGAAUCGCCCGUCUGAACCCUGCUGGUAUUGCCUGAUGUCUCUUGACACAGAGUAUCGUCCUGAAACUCCUGAACAGGAAGAUGCAAAUUCUUCGUCAUCGUCACUCUCUAGUGGCCAGAAACUGAACUACCAGACAGACCCUCGACCUCACUUUGGUGUAGCUUGGUCCUCCCACUCCACAUGUCGCCCCUUGUGGGGCAGUGAGGGGCCAUGCUGGGGGCAAAGGAACCAGGAAGUGCACGAUCAGACACACACCUGCCCUCACUGUCAUCUGGGGCUGCCCCCCGACACACUGCGUUGGCAUGAGGCUAAGUGUCUACUGUUUGAAGGGCUGAGGAACUCAAAGAAAUAAAUUGAGUCAUCAUCAGUUAAAAAUAUUGCUUGUACUUUUACAAAAUAAUGUUGUCUACUCCCUGUAUUAAUGCUCUCAGGAAAUACUUUGCACCUAAAAGUUAUGUGCAAUAUCUGUUUCUGCUCGUAAACAACUGUCUGUUUACACCUAAGUUUAGCCAUGUCCAUUCCUUAUUUAAUUUUUAGUUUAUGUUUAAUUUUUGUGAUAUUUUUAAUGAUGUGUUAAUAUAAAUAAACGGCAUGUGU